CACAGGAAGGUAGUCGAUGGCCUGACAUCUUCAGGCUGAGACCCACAAUUCUGCGAAUUGGCGUAUGGUGAGACAUAACGUACACUAUGGGGACUCGAGCUUCCAUUCAACUUCAAGAAAAUGAACUCAAUGAAAUACAGAAUGAAACAGGGUUUUCACAUAAUCAGAUAGUACGUCUCUACAGUCGCUUCACAAGUCUAGACAAGAGCAGCAAUGGAGUUCUAAGUCGUGAAGACUUUCUUCGCAUUCCAGAACUUGCCAUUAAUCCGCUUGGGGACCGGAUAGUACAUGCAUUUUUCCAGGAAAGCAAUGAUGAAACAGUGAAUUUCAGGCAGUUUAUGAGAGUGUUGGCAAGGUUUAGACCAACAAAGACCAAUCAGACUAAAAACAAAUUGAACACGAGGGAAGAAAAACUGAAGUUUGCUUUCAAGAUGUAUGACCUUGAUGGAGAUGACAAGAUAUCACGAGAUGAACUUCUGGCUGUACUUCACAUGAUGGUUGGUGACAAUAUCACAGAGGAACAGCUGGGCAGUAUAGCUGACAAGACUAUCAGUGAAGCUGACAGGGAUGGAGACAACCAGAUUUCAUUUGAAGAAUUUGUUACGGCAAUGGAACGAAUGGAUGUAGAACAGAAGAUGAGUAUACGUUUCCUGCAUUGAUCUGAAUAGAGUACUACCCCAUCAGAGCCAUAGAGAGUGCAAAAGCUUGGAACUGUGGAACAGAUGCCAAAUGUGUGCAAUCAUUAGCAUGAUUUCUUGCCUGUGUUGGCUUCAGCAGAAAGUUGGUUAGACUUGUACAAGUCCCAUUAAUAUUACAUUUGUUUUGUGACAUUUUACUCAUUAUUUUGUAGAUGAACACAUAACUAUACUGUGAUUAUGAAAUUGUUUUUGUCAAAACCAUGAGUAAUUUUGGAUAUUUGGCUCUGCUUUGUAAAGGAUUGUUCAUGUGACAUAUGGGAUGUUUUAUGUUAAAUUAUUAUAGAAUAUGUUCAUUUCUUCAGUUUGUUGCUACAAGGUUCAGUUUAUUGUUGGCGUGUAAUGGAGUAUGUUGAUAGGUUGACUGUUAUUUUCUUUUAAGAGACAAUAAGCUUGUACAAAAAGUAAAUUAAAAACAAUAUGUCAUUUUGAAAAGCUGCAAGAGGUACAUUUAAUCGUUACUAUUUUAAGGGACAUACAUAUUAACAUAUUAAUCAAUACAUAUAUAACCAUCAAAUCAUAAUUAUUAUCUUUUUAUCUGAAUUAUGUAAACAUGUCAGGGUGUAAAAUUAUCCAUGAAAAUUAUUGAAGUGAUUUGAAUUCUAUAAAAUAAAAAUGUAUUUAUUUGUAGCCACACAUAUUUGGUGGCCAUGCAUGCAUAUCAUUCCUAACUCAUGCACCAAGAUUUGACACAUAUUAUUUAUCUUUGUUAAGGAAAUCCAAACCUCUGCUUUUUAUAUUUAUUAUUAUUAAUUGGUAUACUGUAUAGAUGUAUAUUUAUAUAUUAAUGCAGGGAGUAAAUUUCCAGCAAUAUUCAUACAUAUGAUAUACUGAUGCACCAGUUGGAAUAGUUCUAUGUACUUUAGAUUAUGUUGCAUGAAUCUGGUUUUAAACAAUUUUUAAAUUGAUUUCUCUUUUAACUUUUUAAAAAUAUUUCCCUCAUGCUAAACAGAAAUAAAAUUCUAAACUAUGCAUUUUAGUGACAGAAUAUAUGCUUACACUGAGACCAUUUGGCGAUAUGCGAAGCAAAAAUGGCAAUGAAAAAAGUGCAUAGCCAAUUUUAGGAAUAGUUAUUGAGUGUUAGUGUGCCUAUAUGGAGAGUUAUUAUAUUAGAGUGAUAUUUUCUUCUGUUAUACAUACAUUGAUGUUCUACAAAAUCUUAUAGAUACAUGGCUGUGGACAUCUAUAAUGUAGAUGGUCUCCAUAUCAUCCACAUCAUCAGCCUUAUAGUACUUUAUUUUAAGCAAUGGUUGCUAAUUGUAUGGUAAGUUUAAGGUCAGGGGUAUGGAUAUAAAAUACAAAACAUCAAUUUAUAUUGCCUUGUGUAUCCACCCAUGAAGAAUUAGGAUUUAAUAUAACAUUAUCAAUGUAGUAUGUAGAGAUCAAUCACAACAAAUAAAGAAGCCAGGUUCAUCUAUUUAUAUGUCAACAGGUUACUGUCUUAAAGAUGAUAUUCUGAUUAUUAUGAGCCAACAUGGUUAAUAUGAAAUAGACGCCAGCAAAAAAUACCUGGACCAAUACUUAAGAUCUUGUGUGAAAAAACUUUAGCCUCUAGACACUGCAGUGAUAUGUUAAACACCUGAAAAGAAUGCAGCCUGGAUACAACAUUAAUAAUGCAUAACACAUAAAGAGUGAAUAAACAAGUCACAACACCAGUGGUUAGUAGACCAUUUUAAGCUUUGACUUGAAUGGACUAAGGUCUCGAAAUGCUUGAGAAGGGAUGCCAAGGACAGCAUCACAGUCUCCAUCAACACGUCAGUUGUUGGUGAAACUUUGCUCCAUGAUGCUAAACUCUUCAGCAAUGACGCCAAAGACACAACACCUACUCCAUAUUUUGCAUCAUAAGCCCCUAGUAGCACCAGAGUGGAUUACAUACAGAAUUGAUGAUUAAACAUAGAGAGGAUGAAGAUAACCAUUAUUGAAUGAUAAAAUCUAUAUAAACGUUGUAUAUGUUGUUUAUUACUAAGGAACCAAGAGAGACUUAGAGCUACAUUUCUUUUAAAGAUGCCUAUUGUUGAAAUGUCACAGAAUUUAACAAUUUUAAUAGGUCUCUUCAUUCUUGGAAGUAAAAUUGCAAUUAAAUGUAUGUCUCAAAGAACCCUGAUGAGGAAAAAAUCAUUAAACAUAUAAAGAAAUUGAUGAACACCACACCUCCCCAGUUGUGGUUGAUCUCUACCUACCUUGUUCUCUAUCAAUCACCAUUCUUACAUGUGGGUAUUCAGACCAGGGGCUUAGGAAACAAGUGUCUUCCCCAGAAACACCUAUUGGCUGUAACAUCAUCUAUCUCCCACAUUUGAAAAUCAUAACUGAAUAACCAGUUUAAGGCACAUGAUAGAUGUACUUUGUAUAAUUUAUUUCUGUGAUGAAUAUUUGAAUACGUUCUAUUUUCUAUUUUAAUAGGACUUUGGUUAUUUGACUAAUACUUUAAAAUCUGAAUAAUUUAGCAGCCUCCAUACUUAAGGGUUAAUACCGAGUAACAUGUUUUCUACCAAUUAUGAAUAAAUAAAGUACUGUUGGUUGAGCAUCGUUAGGUUUAGCAGGAAGAUGGAUCUGCCAGAUUGUAUUUCAGGUCGCCAUAUCUAUGUGACAACGUCCCAUUAUCCAUUGGUUAUUUCCCAUCAUCACCAACAAUGUACAUGAUAUAGUAGAUGAUUUGGGACAAAACAUAGUUUACGAUAGUACACUGGAUGAAAGUUUCUAUAUAGGAUGAAUAUUUUUCACCACAGUAUUGUAUGAAAAUGUUAAUACAAUAUUGUAUACUGAACAGAUAUUUAAAUACUCAAUAAUGAAAAGAGGAUGGUUAUAAUGGGAAAUGUUCAGGACAAGUGAAUGUACGUAAGUGGUUGGUUGCUAAAUAGCUGUCCUGAUGAUAUGGAAUUCCAUUGAUUUUUGAAGAAAAUUUGAAUUUAAUUAUCUGUUGUACAAGAGAAGAUUGUGGUUUUGCAACUUGUGUGGAAAUGUAGGGACAUACUUGAAGGAUAUUGACAUAUUAUGUGUGUAAAGGUGCUAGGUUAACAAUGAAAUGAAAGACAUUUGUGAAGUAUCCAUACAAGCUGUAAGUGAGUUCCAGGUACCACAUUGAAUGUCUACCUAUCGUGGGAAUUCCCUGUAAGAUGAUUGUAAAAUAAUAGUUACUAUAAAUACACCAUAUGAAAUAUAAAACAUUGUACUUGCAUUUACAGAUAAUAAAUACAUUCUAUUUAA